UCCUAAAAAAAGGUCAACAGUUUUUUAGUUUCCAUUGGCUUAUCGUGAUUAGCGCGAUUGUGUGCAUGUGGAGGUGUUAUCGUGAAGGUAGAUAAAUAUUUGUUGCAAAACAGUUUCAUUAAUUUAUUGGUUGAUGUAACCUUGAACGUAGUGCUAAAUACAUUGCAGCAUCCUCUAGUUCACACUCGAUACUCCGUAGUCAUCUAGUUAACACUGUUAGCGAAUUUGACCUGUGUGAUUUUUUUAUUUGUAGUGUAGUUUCUAAUGUUUUGUUAAAUUGUGAUGAGUAAAAAAAUGGAGUGGACUUGGUUAAAAGACUGGUGGCGUUUAAAGCGGUGGAGAAAAAAUAAAACCAGUGAAAACGACAGUGUUUGUUUUUGCGAUGAGUGCUUGCAAGACGCCGAAAACGGGGACCUAGAGCUAUGCGACCCCGACCCCUCGCUAAGCCCCCAAGAGAUGGAGGACGGGGGCAAAGUCGUCAUCGUGGGCGUGUGCGCCAUGGCGAAAAAAUCCCAGAGCAAGCCGAUGACGGAGAUCCUGACCCGCCUCCAGGAGUUCGAGUACAUUAAAGUGACGGUCUUUCCAGAGGAUGUGAUUUUACAUAAGCCGGUCGAAGAGUGGCCCGUGUGUGAUUGUCUGAUAUCAUUCCAUUCGAAAGGUUUUCCUUUAGAGAAGGCGAUUCAGUACGCCCAGCUGCACAACCCCUACGUGAUAAAUAACCUGCACAUGCAGUACGAUAUCCAGGACCGGAGGAAGGUUUAUGCCACUUUGGAGAACGAGGGGAUCGAAAUCCCGCGGUACGCCGUCCUGGACAGGGACAGCUCGGACCCGAAACUUGUAGAUCACGAGCUGGUGGAGUCGGAGGACCACGUGGAGGUGAACGGGGUGGUGUUUAAUAAGCCUUUUGUGGAAAAACCGGUGUCGGCGGAAGACCACAAUAUCUACAUUUAUUAUCCGACGUCUGCUGGCGGCGGCAGCCAGAGACUGUUUCGCAAGCGUUUGUAUUAUUCCCAGAUCGGCAGCAGGAGUAGCGUUUAUUCGCCAGAAUCCAGGGUACGCAAGACUGGUAGUUUUAUUUAUGAAGACUUCAUGCCGACGGACGGCACUGACGUAAAAGUAUACACCGUGGGCCCCGACUACGCCCACGCCGAAGCCCGCAAAUCCCCAGCCCUCGACGGAAAAGUGGAGCGCGACCGCGAAGGCAAGGAAAUCCGCUACCCGGUGAUCCUCAGCAACGCCGAAAAACUCAUCUCGAGGAAAGUCUGUCUGGCUUUCAAACAAGCGGUGUGCGGUUUCGACCUCCUGAGAGCCAACGGCAAAUCCUUCGUCUGCGAUGUCAACGGCUUCAGUUUCGUUAAGAACUCCAACAAGUACUACGACGACUGUGCCAAAAUCCUCGGGAACAUGAUCCUGCGGGAGCUCGCCCCCACGCUGCACAUCCCCUGGUCGGUGCCGUUCCAGCUGGACGACCCGCCCAUCGUGCCCACCACCUUCGGGAAGAUGAUGGAGUUGAGGUGCGUGGUGGCGGUGAUACGACACGGCGACCGCACGCCGAAGCAGAAGAUGAAGGUGGAAGUGAGACACCCGAAGUUUUUCGAAAUUUUCGAAAAGUACGAUGGGUAUAAGCACGGUCACGUUAAGCUGAAGCGACCCAAGCAACUCCAGGAGAUUCUAGACACGGCGAGGUCUCUCCUGGCCGAGAUCCAGCAGCACGAAGCCGACCCGGAGAUCGAAGAGAAACAGGGGAAGCUGGAGCAGCUGAAGGGUGUGCUCGAGAUGUAUGGUCACUUCUCCGGGAUUAACCGCAAGGUGCAGAUGAAGUACCAGCCCAAGGGGCGUCCCAGAGGGUCCAGUUCCGACGAUGAUAAACCAGCUGAGCCGUCGUUGGUUUUGAUUUUGAAGUGGGGGGGCGAGUUAACUCCGGCCGGAAGAAUCCAGGCAGAAGAGCUUGGGAGGAUUUUCCGGUGCAUGUACCCUGGCGGACAAGGUAGACAUUUAGCCGGUGAAUACGCGGGCGCCCAAGGCCUAGGCCUCCUCCGCCUACACUCCACCUUCCGCCACGACCUGAAAAUCUACGCUUCCGACGAAGGCCGCGUCCAAAUGACCGCCGCCGCCUUCGCCAAAGGCUUACUAGCCCUCGAGGGCGAACUAACCCCCAUUUUAGUCCAAAUGGUGAAGAGCGCCAACACCAACGGCUUACUCGACAACGACUGCGACAGCAGCAAGUACCAGAACAUGUGUAAGGCGCGCCUCCACGAACUCAUGCAGCUGGACCGCGAUUUUAGCCAGGAGGACCGCGACAAGAUCAACCCUUGUAACUCGUCGAGCAUCACCGACGCGCUGGACUUCGUCAAGAACCCGGUGAAGUGUUGCAAGCACGUGCACGAGCUGAUCAAGUCGCUGAUGGAGAUCGUCCACGUGAAGAAGGAGGACCCGAAGACGAAAGAUGCUAUUUUGUACCAUGGGGAGACGUGGGAGCUGAUGGGGCGCCGGUGGGGGAAAAUCGAGAAGGAUUUCUACACGAAGAACAAGAUUUUUGAUAUUAGUAAAAUCCCGGAUAUUUAUGAUUGCAUCAAGUAUGAUUUGCAGCAUAAUCAGCACACGUUGCAGUUCGAACAUGCUGAGGAGUUGUACAUUUAUGCGAAGUAUUUGGCGGAUAUUGUUAUACCACAGGAAUAUGGAUUGACAGCCCAGGAGAAGCUAACUAUAGGUCAGGGAAUUUGUACGCCGCUUCUUAAAAAAAUUAGGGCUGAUCUUCAACGAAAUAUAGAGGAGCUGGGGGAAGAGAGUGUUAAUAGACUCAAUCCGCGGUACUCUCAUGGGGUUUCAAGUCCGGGUAGGCACGUCCGAACUAGGUUAUAUUUUACCAGUGAAAGCCACGUCCAUUCGUUAAUUACGGUCCUGCGACACGGCGGACUACUAGAUAUUAAACGCGACGAGCAGUGGCGCCGAGCCAUGGAAUACGUAUCCAUGGUCUCCGAACUAAACUACAUGUCCCAGGUUGUGAUAAUGUUGUACGAAGACCCCACCAAAGACCCCUGCAGCGAAGAGAGAUUCCACGUAGAACUCCACUUCAGCCCCGGAGUGAAUUGCUGCGUCCAGAAAAAUUUGCCACCAGGACCCGGCUUCCGACCUCACUCUCGGAACGAAUCCGCAGCCAGCAAAAACAACACGAGUUCGGAGACUUCGGCCACCGCCACCCCCGACGAGCCCAAACCCCAGUGUUCGACAAGAAUCGAAGAAGAGGGCCCGAUCGAGGAAGAGAAGCCCGAAAUCGUGGAAACGCCGGCCAGUUCAGCGGAACAAUCGCCGACGACUUCGCCGGACGACACGUACUACCGACAGUACGGAAAAUCGAGCGAGCCCAUCCCCAUAGGGAGUAGUCACACCGUGAGCGGCCACGAAGCCAUGCACCUCGCCCAGCGGUUAACCGAAGAACUCGCGCAGCAGAGCAGCCGGAGUUACUCCAACCGCGCCAUAAGUCCGGAGCCCGAAACCAGGUCCAAGAGCUACGAGAACAAGAGUCCUCAGAAGGGGAAAGCCGAGAAACUGCAUCAAAGUCUGGACGCUGUUAACAGCAAAGACUCACCCCAUAACGACACAGAUACGUCAAUAACACCCACGAACAUACCCAAAACGCCACCCAUCGAGGUCCCAGUGCGUACCGUCGACCCUAGCGAGCCUCUAGACUCUUGUCCGUACUCGUUCAAGCCCAUCGGGUCGGACCGGCCCGAGCUCAGUCCGAUUUCCGGCUCGUUCGACUACGACUUCCGCAGCGACCAGAACUCCCCGGUGACGCUCAAGUCGCCGGAGGAGACCCCCAAGUCGCGGCCCGAGAGCGCCACCAACGAGCUGCCGCUGACCGAGCUCAACCUCGCCCUGUUCACGUCCGAGCAGGAGUACCUCAACUCGUCGAGGAUGAGCACGAACGAGCUGCCGCUGUCCGACAUCAAGCUGAGCAAGCAGAACACGCUCGACAGCCAGGUGGACGACGUCUCGCUGGAGGUGAACUGGGAGAACGACGCCAAGGAGGAGGAGAGCGCGAGGAGCAAGCGCCACCGGUCGUUCUCGGACCCGAACAUCCUCGACGGGGAGAAGCUGUUCCUCUUGGAGAAGUACAACGAGAGUCUGAGUCGCGACGGUACGCCACUGAACUCGAGCAAUAACCUGAGUCCGGGAGAGUCGUCCCGAAUCCCGUUCAGUUUCCAUCCCCAGCACGCGCCCCCGUUGUCGCUGUUCUCUACCACUUUCACCCGCUCCCCCUCCAACCUGCUCUCUUUCUUCUCUUCGCCCCCUCGCGCCUCUCGCUCAAUCUCUCACCCCAGUCCCGGCGUGUCUGUGAACCACCCGUGCAUGUCCGAUACAGAGUGCAACAACGCAACAGUCAGACGCCACCGUCACAGUAUUGCCGGACAGAUGAGCUAUUACAAGAUGCUAGGGUUCGGGUGCGGAGGACCUCUAGGUUUCAAGAAGCUGGCGGCGGGGAGCGGCAACUCGCUCUUCUCGACGGCGGUCAUCUCGGGCAGCAGCAGCGCCCCCAACCUGAGGGACAUGAUCCCGAGCACGGCCAGCGCCUCGGCGAUUGAAGGUUUCGGCGGGGUGCCCCCGAUCCGCCCCCUGGAGACCCUCCACAACGCUCUCUCGCUGAGGCAGAUCGACACGUUCUUGGAGCAGAUGACGGCCGCGCCGCUAUUCCGGACGCCGUCGUCCACGCCGCCCAAGUACCCCUCGACGCCGCUGCCGACGCCCACCAACGGCGGCCAGUCCAUGGUGACGAGUUCGGCGUCCCAGCCGCUGAAGCUGCAGUCGCCGAGUAACAGCGUAGGGUGGAGCGGCCCUCCGAGUUUCGUGUCGAGCAGCGGCCCGUCGUCGCCCGGCGUCUCCGAGAACUCGAAGGAGAGCAGCGAGAUGUCGUCGAGCAUCAUCAGCGCCGAUGGGAUAAAUGUGGACAAUUUUACUAAAAUCUUCCCAACUGCUCCUGGGUUGGAUCAGGAUUUGGGGAAUGUGGGGAUCUUGCUCGAUUUCGAUCGGGAGAUUUCAGGAUCGAUGGAGUUCUCGGAGUACUACUCCCAGAUUCACAGGCCUCAAGGAGACAGCGGUGACGUCACUCCAGUCUCGGGUGGCUCGGAAGUCGAAUUCAACACGAACGAUGCAACCGCGGGCUCGACUGCAGAGUGUGACGUCACGGUUACCGAAGACAUCGACUCGUGCUUCCUCGGAGACGAACACGGCAUCGAAAGCCCCAUGUCUCUACCAUGCAACAUGAUCACAAGCAUGACCGAAAACAAUCUCCUGUGCCAAGGUAGCAUAACCCCCAAGGUGAUCUCACCCAUGAGUACCAACAUCAACAUAUGCACCAACAUCCUGCACCCAUCCAACUCCGACAACAUCAGUCUCAAACAUAUCGAAAACAUCGACAGAAUGCAGCCAUCCUCCAGCAGAAUCUACAACGAAUUCGACCGCACCAGAGACUUCAAGAACUUCACCAAGAAAUCCAACAUCUACGAUAAAGACUUGCCAUGCACGAGUAAGAACCUGGUGGCUCUCGGUUCCGACAAGUGGUGCACCACCAAAGAAAAAUUCCUAGAAGCGACGUUCACUCCAGAUUCGUCCGAAAAGAAGCAACCCUUCGAGAAAACGGGCGAACCCAAACCCAACCCCGGGACCGUCGUGGUCAAAGAACACUACAUAGAGCCCCCACGGAUGACCCGAAUUUCCAGGAGCUUCCACGGGAAGUCGCCCACGAGUAGCAGCUUCCUCGACAUCUCGGGUUCGGCUCCCAGGAGAGCCAGUGAAGGCAUACCCUUGACUAGCCGUAGUUUGAACCUGCAGCCCGAUACGCUGAAACAAGACUUCCCGAGUUCGAGUGGGGGGAGUAGGCGGAAGAGCAGUCUGGAAAAGAGGAGCGGGCGGCCUCAGUUCGUGACGCAGUUGUCGCAGCCUUGCGGGAGCACCAUGCCGUCUCCCGGUUUAGGUUUAAGGAAGACUUCUUUGACUGAUGUAGGUGUAGGUAAGAAGAGGUUUACCACGACGCUGGUGGACGAGGCCGAGCAUGCGGCGGCCAUGGGGAUCAGCUUCAGGCCGUUUUUGGUCACGGAGGCGGCGAGCGAGGGAGACGGCGACAGGGAAAAGGAGAAAGAGAUUGCGUCUGGUAGUAAGGUUUCUUAUUUUAGGAGUCUUAGUAGUGAUAAAAGCGAUAAUACGUAAAUAAGAGGGAUAAGUAUACUUUGAAAUUCUUUGUGAUUAUUGUCCAAAUAAAGAUUUUUUUGUUGA